AUGGAGGCAACUGAAGGUCGACACUGGCAACUGCUGGGCCGGGUUGAUAUGAACGAGUCUGCCAUAGAGAUGCCAGUACGAUCAUACCCUCCACUCGUAUUCAUUGUGGAUGGAUGUGAAUUUACUGCUGCCCUGGAGAAAGCUGUCAAGGAUCGAAGGGCUGAUGAUCGAAGUGCGGACGAUGCAGCUCUAGAUCAUCUUGUUGCUGUUGCAAACAAGAACCCUGAAAUAUGUGUCAGUAUCGACAAGCUUGGCAAUAUGUCUGUAUGGGCACUGGACAACGUAGGGAACAACAAGCCUGAACAGUUCAAGGUCUUUAGCGUUGCGCGAUUCAAGCUGCCGCAUUUUGAAACUAUGAACGAAUUCUUGAACGGCCAAGAAGGGGGGGGACACACGGAGGCUCAAAGCUACUGUGACAGAUCAAAUGGAAGGCUUCAUAUUGUGCUACACUCUUUUGAUGGCAAGAUCGGAAUUUUUGCAGGAAACGUGGCGGACCUGUUGGAUCCUACAAAGAAUGAUCGACGCCUUCACAUCCAAACCGUCUGGACUGGACAUACUGCACCUGUCAAGAAGAUGGUGCGUAAUUUCAGUGGUCAUGCAGUGGUUUCGCGAACUGCUAGUGGAGAAUGUAUUCUAUGGAAUCAUUCUGCCCUCGAUGGCGAGCGGUCGGACCAAACACUUAUCCGUAGGUCUGUCAUACCGGAAAAUGGCAAUAUACAUCGCAUCUGCGUCCUGCGGAAGGGGCGAUUUGUCGUCCUUCUAUAUCACAAAGCUAUCGUCGUCUGGGAUUGCCGUAAUGGAUCUGCAUCGCGGCUUGCCGAAUGUUCCUUUGAGACACAAGAAACACCUCUAUGUCUUAUAGUGCUUCCUCGACCACGAAAUACACAAUAUAUGUUGGCUUACAUUGCCACAAUAACACCCAGCGGCCACGGAAUCGCUUGGGAAAUAAAACUUCCCCAAUAUCUUAGCAAUGAUACGACAAUUGAAAAUGUGGCAGGGCUCUCUGAAUUUUGCCGGUUCGAGCUUGCCACAGCAGACGAAUUGAAGUAUGUGCUCCCUGUGGACCCAGCUGGAGCAGCUCCGUCUAUGUCUGGUUUUCUUGACAUAUUCGCUCGUGAUGUAGCGAUUUCAUACACCCGCUCCGGGAGAGUAAACUUCUGGGCGGCACGUGUUAACCUGGAAAGCCGAGCGGUGGACUGGUUGUCAACAUCCUGUACGGAAACUGGCCUGCUGGACCCGGCACUUGCAAGCGGUAGCAUGCUUAAAAAAGCAGCUUUGGUGAAUCUCACAAGGUCGCAACUCACUAUUUGGGAUAUCGGUGGUUCACGUCUUGAAUAUGAUAUGGACUAUAAGGCACACCAUAGUAUUCAGGACCUUGAUUGGACGUCCACUCCAGAUGCGCAAGCCAUUCUGGCCGUUGGGUUCCAACAUCGUGUCAUACUACUGUCUCAAAUGAGGUUCGACUACUUGAACAAAGGACCAGCAUGGGCACCGAUUCACGAGAUCGACAUUCGCGAUCUUACAGCACACCCGAUUGGAGAUUCCACCUGGCUUGCUGACGGCCACUUGGUAGUUGGUGCCGGAAAUCAACUUUUCGUUUAUGACCGACGCAUAGAUACAGGGGAUUCUUCUAUCACACCCAUCAGUCAUCUCAACAGAGAUGAUCGCAGGGACCUGUUUGAAGUCGUGCAGAGAUUUAAUGGACCCAUUGCUGUAUUUCAUCCUCAAUUUCUCAGCCAAUGUAUUCUGUCUGGCAAAGGUCCUGUCGUCCGUCGCAUCUUACUAGCCCUGUACAAGACAUUGAGAUACUUGAUUCCAGGUGAUACCAUGGACGAUUACCUGGGUCUCCCGCUAUCAGAAUUCUACACUGAAAACACGUCUCAAAUAAGCUCGUGGGGCAAAGCCAAGGGCCGUUCGUUCUUGGAUGAUGAUGAUUGCGGAGAGGACGAUAUGUUUUCCGCAGAGACGGCAGCGUAUAUAAACGACAAAUUGACGAAGAUACGAAUCCCCCAGCUUACUGGACACGAACAGAUCCAAUUGGCAGAUAUUAUUGAAUGUGUUGCGGUGGUGGAAAGCCAUAGAAGAUCGAUGGACGAAAAUGGAGCUCGGUUCAUGCUAUUCUUUCGGCAGCAUGCACUUCGCAAAGGCCGAAGGAAUGACAUGCACCUCUCGUGGAGAGAAAUAAACUGGGCAUUCCACUCUGGUAGCCAGGACAUACUGCUGGAUUUUGUGUCCCGCCAAAACCACGGGGCCAUGUUGUGGGAACAAGCUCGCGAAUGCGGAGUUUUCAUGUGGCUUUCCGACUUAAUCACAUUGCGCGACCACUUUGAAGUACUAGCAAGAAAUGAAUACACCAAGAGCGAACUCAAAGAUCCGGUGAAUUGUAGCUUGUUCUACCUGGCCUUGCGUAAGAAGACAGUCCUGCAAGGCCUUUGGCGUAUGGCAAGCUGGAAUAAAGAACAAGCGGCCACUCAGAAGUUACUAGCAAAUAAUUUUGAUGACCCAAAAUGGCGAAGGACAGCAUUAAAGAAUGCAUACGCAUUGCUCAGCAAGCGAAGGUUUCAUUAUGCCGCGGCAUUCUUCCUAUUGGCUGACCGUCUCGAGGACGCUGUCGAGGUUUGCCUCCGGCAAAUCAAGGACCUGCAACUAGCCAUUGCCAUCUGUCGUGUGUACGAAGGGGACAGUGGGCCAGUGCUUCGAAAGCUAAUCCAAGAUGAAGUCCUCCUUUUAGCUGCACAAGAGGGAAACCACUGGCUUGCCUCGUGGGGUUUUUGGAUGCUUGGUCGCAAAGACAUGGCCGUCAGAGCAUUAAUUAUGCCUGUCUUUGCGCUUCUGGAGACUCCUUGCUCCCCGGACAUCAAGUCUCGCUUGUUCUUGACCGAUGACCCUGCUCUUGUGGUUCUAUACUCCCAGUUGCGUCAAAGAACUUUGCAGACGCUUCGAGGUGCCUCCAAGAUAACACCAAAAGUCGAGUGGGAGUUUGUUCUUCACAGUGCUAAGCUUUAUGACCGCAUGGGAUGCGAUCUUCUCGGGCUAGAUCUUGGUGAGUGCGUGUCCAUUCAAAGACGAAGCAGCAUUUGA